AUGGACAACCGAAUGAAUGAACCUAACCAAAAUGAACAAAAUUCAAUAUUCAUAACGAAUUUGCAACAUGGAGAAACCGUUAAUUACUCGCUCGUUAUAAUCAAAGGAAUCAUAACAUACGGCGCCUGUAACAAUUAUGAAAAAAUUAGAUGUAAAAGUAACAGAAAUAAAACGGAAUCAUUUUGGGAGGUUUACAACCGUGAAUUCAAAGUGUUGAUUGAACUUGAAAAGGGUGACAAUGUUAUUGAUCUGGAAUUCACAGGCCUUCACAAAACAAAUCUAUUGUUACGUUACGAGCCACGAAAGACAAAUCUAAGAGUUACGCCAGUUUAUAUUAUCUGUCAAGGCCACGAUGGAUGUUUUCAAUGUCCACCUGAAAUCAAUAACUCCAUUGAGAGUGCUUGUGCUCGCAUUGCUAUUGGCUCAAAGAUCAUACAAAGCGUUACCGCUGAAAAACUUCAUGAAAGUGGUGUCGGACGAAAAACAUUUCAACUUGAACACGAAGUGGAUACAAAAAGCCCCGAAUGUUUAGUUUUCAGGAGUGCACUGAACGUAAAUAAAGCUCGUAAAAUGAAACAAGAUGAAUUGUGGACACAUUUUGGCAGAGAGCUAAUGUUAUCGGAACUUGGAAGUAACGAAAGAAAGUUUCUAGGGUUUAUUUCGUGUACAAGAUUUAAAGGAACAGAUAUUGAUAAACCUUUUACGCACGAUGAAAAUGUGUCAAAUACAGAGGCAUAUGCGGCACUUGGAGGAGGAGGUUUAGCAUUAUUUGGAACAGCUUGUUUGUAUACAUGGCCUUCAUCAGUGUCCGAAAUCGUGCCGAAAUUAUUAGACCCAAAUCCUGUAAAUAAUAAGAGGUUCAUGGACGACAGUGGUUAUCGAGGAACUAUAGGAGGAUGCUUUGCGACAACUUUAGGAUCUGUUUUCCACGAAUUAGGCCACACGUUUGAUCUUGGUCACACAAAAGAUGGUAUAAUGGGGAGAGGUUUCGAUAACAUUGACAGAGUAUUUUUAGUCGGCGAGAAGCGAUCAGCUGCAACCAAAGAUAAUAAUAACUUUAACGGAAAACCAGUGCAGCAUUCAACUGUUUCACUACAGCGUAACAUAAAUGUGACGAUGAAUGUAGCUGAACCCUUAAGAGUUCUAGGCCCAAGAAGUAAAACGACACUUGGAAACUUUGUAUCCAUGUCUAAAUCAGAUAUUGUGCGCCGAAGCCCCAAUGUGACUCCGAUUACUAGACCAUCAAGUGUUUAUUCAACGAUAACAAAUCGAAUGGCCGAUUCUAAAAGAAAUGCAAAUCGUAAUAAUGGAAAUGAUUCCGUUUAUUGGACAAGAAAUUGCGCGGUCUUGUUAUCCUACCACCGAUGGUUUAACAAUGAGUUCGGGAGAGAAAGACAAGCUAUCACACGUUACCUUAAAUUUGAUAAGAAUAAAAUGAUGAUUUUAUCAACAGCUGGAUUAAGAAUUGUGGAAGUCAGAGAUGAGUCAAAUGGUAUGGUACUCGAUUCAUAUGAAUUUACCAAUGUCCUACCGGAAAAAAGAUUUUUGCUGCCUUUUACAUUCUCAGCAAAAAGCAAAGUAUUAACUAUAGUGGUUGAAGAUGAUUUAGGGAAUGUACUAAAACAAUCAUUUACGUAUUAA